AAGACAGAGACCCUAAGGCUCUUCUGGCAUGUGGGGAGCCAUUGCACGGCGCCCUAAAGAUGGCGCCGGCUCCUUUCUCCCGGAAGGACUGGCGAGAAACAAACAACUCCUAAUAAGGAGAUGGCUGAGCUCCCUUCCGGCUUCCGCAUUGCUGUACCUAUCAAUCCUUGCCACUUGGCUGCUUUUGAUUGGUGUGCUGAUGGCUAUAAGAGGGAUGGGAGAGGGAAGGAGGCGGAAGAAGAAGCUUGUUCAAGGUUCCUGAAUAAACUGCUUGAAGAAGAGUUCGGGUUGCGUCUUCCUUGCUGGUCGAGGGACGCGACAACUGGUGGCCCGUACGGGGAACCAUCUCAAACGUGAACUCAGAACUUCCUGCAGUCAGGGCAGCGCUGGUUUCGCAUUUUUCUAUUGCCAGUAUGAGUCUUGAUUGGAAAAACUGCACCAUGAAGCUGUUUACGUUAUAUCUUUAAUGUUUGAGUGAGUACCUAACUUUGAUUAGAUCUAGUCCACAGCCUUGGUUAAACGUACUAAUUUUUGACUAAAAUGGUUUGACUCUCUGACAGUUUAAAUUCUAAACCGAGUCUUUCAACUUUGGGGCUUCCAGUCGGAUCCCUGGAACUCUCAAAGGAUGGGACUCUAAAUUUGUUAAAGUAACAGCUGUUUGAGUCAAUUCAAAUUGUACGAAGUGUAUUAAAAUGUAGUAAAUGAUGUCAAAUCUAUGUUGUAUUCAUGUUUUUGCUUUUCAGCUAGAGUAGUCUUAUAAAAAUGAGAGUAAAUUCUGUGUAUACAAGCCUUUAUGUUGUUAACUCAAGUAAGCCAAUACAGAUUGGUUCAGAAAAUUGGGUUAAUGCAAACGCCCUUUGGUUUACUUGCUCGAUUUUACAUUUACAUGUCUUUGAUAUGCUUUAAACUUGUUUCUCUUAAGGAUGAAGAUCUUUUCAAAGUUGUAAAUAUGCACUAGUGACUGUUGCUGCCCAAGUGGUGUUAUCCUUAUGUUACUUAAAAGCAUGGAAAUGUAAUUUUGACUUUUAAUUCAGAUAAUGGUGUGGUAUUCAUUAAUAGCUCAGUGUUUUAAGUUAUCCAGGCAUCGGUGCUAAGUAAAAUAUGGAAAAUGUAUUAUGUGUACUUUUAACAUCUUAAAUUUGAUAAGAGAGACUUUUAAGUUUGCCAGCAUGUAUUCUCAUAGGUUGUCCAUACAUGAUAAUUCAAGACUGUAAAAGUAACUACAGGUAUAAAGUUUCAGAAGGUGUGAGCAAGUCAUGAAAAGUUGUAAAAAGUUUACGAUUUUAAAACAUUGUUUACAGAGUUUUCUAUAAGUUAGAUGUUAAUGCCAAAAUUACACUAACCUAAAGUUGAAGUCUGAUCUUCUGUUAUAACAAUGGGAUUUUUUAAAAUGUGUACUAUUGUUAUUAAUUAUCUGGAAAUGGUCUCAAUUGUAAAUCUUAAAAUCUGUUGUUGCAAAAACUGUAACGUCUCUUUUUAACACUACUGUCUGUUAAGUUAUGAUUGAUAAAAAGUAUUAAGUCUUAAAAAGUUAUGUUAAAUAUUAUGAUCAGAUCUGGUCUAAAAGUGUUAAAAUCGCCCUGACUAAAUGUUAAGGAAUUCUAUUUUGACCAGAUACUCUAAGUUCUCUUGGCACCUUUAACAGACUUUCUGAAAAUCAAAGUUCUAAAUUCUCUGGACUUUUGGUAUCUCCAGAGGGCCCCUGGAGAUGUCAAAAGAGAUAUCUCUCAUCUUGCAGAGAUAAUAACCAAUCGGGCUGUUUAGAUUAAAAGUGGUGCCAAGAUGUGAAAUGAUGCUAAACUUCAGUUAUAAACGUGUUUCUUUCUAGCUGCUCCAGUCUCUGGCUCAGAAGCCAGAUCCUUUAAAGAGGGACUGACAAAGUCUAAGAAGCAUCCCAUGGUCAUGAUUUGCAUCACCUCAAUGUCCAAACCUUAAGCUUUGGCAGAUGGAUGUUACCCAUUUUUCUGAAUUUGGUAAACUAAAAUACAUACAUGUUUCUUUAGAUACAUGUUCAGGUUUUGUUUUUGCCACCCCGCAAUGCGGCGAGGCUGCCAAACAUCUAUCAUUGCCUUCAGGCCUUUGCUGUUCUAGGAACCCCUAUACAGAUAAAAACUAAUAAUGGCCCAGCGUAUACUUCCAACUCUUUUAAGCACUUCUGUACUAACUUCCACAUCUCUCAUCACCGGGAUUCCUUAUAAUCCCCAGGGACAAGGUAUUGUGGAACGAGCACAUGCCACAUUAAAAAAAUAUUUACAAAAAAUAAAAAAGGGGGAAUACGGGACCAUGGCAUAUUCCCCACAAAAAUGGCUAUCACAUGCUCUUUUCAUUUUAAAAUUUUCUAAUACUGGAUAAUCAAGGGAAAACUGCAGCUGAUCGUCACUGGCAUCCUGAAACCAAAAGACAACAAGUCUAUGUGAAGUGGAAAGACCCUCUAACUGCUCAAUGGUAUGGACCUGACCCUGUUUUAAUAUGGGGACGUGGACAUGUUUCUAUAUUCUUGAUGGUUACCUGAGCGACUGGUGCGGCAAACAAUGUCACAAAGCAGCCCCUCGAUCUUCAUUAUGAUAACAUUGCUGAUUGGGAUCGUUACUGCAGCCGUUAUAACCGCCAUUUCCAUUGCAGCUGUGGGCGCUACAACAGCUGCUAUAGCGCUCACAGGGACAGUUCAAACUGCUAAUACCCUGAAUAAUUUGACGGCCUCCGUGGCUGCUGCUUUGGAUACUCAGACAUCCUUAAAUGCACAAAUAAAGGGAGGCUUGAUGAUUGUUAAUCAAUGUGUGGAUUUGGUACAGGAGCAGGUGGAUACUCUCUGGCAGCUUGCUCAGCUAGGAUGUGAGUGGAAAUUUUCAGGGUUGUGUGUGACCUCUGUUCAGUACGAUAACAUGACUCAGGCAGCAAAUUACUCUAAACAGUUGUCUCAGAUGCUCUUGCAGAAUUGGUCCGCAGAAUUUGACUACACCUUGAAGCAACUGUGCCUUGCCGUGGUCACCAUCAACUCCACAUGUGUGGAUGUCUCCUUUGCAUCUGGAUUGUCAUCCUGGAUCCGCACAGCUGUCUCCAACCUGAAGGAGUGGGCGGGACUUGGAGCUUUGACGGGGUUGCUGUUACUUGUUGUGUUAUUUUGCCUGUGGUGUUUGUGCAGGAUGAGGACAGCUCAUUGGCGGGAAUUGGCCAUGAUAGCUCAAGCCUUUUAUGCCCUUGAGGCUGGACAAUCGCCGCAAGCAUGGCUGGCCUUCCUUGAAUGCUAGGCAUGGGUGCAGGGUGCGAGGCAAAGCACUGCAGAGAGAACGAGCCAUUACGUUCUCUGGAAGGCAAGUCUGUCUGCAUGUGGGUUGGCAUCCCAGAUCCCAUCCCCGCGAAAAGGAUGCUGUUCCAGGUGGAUGCCUGGCAGUGGGGGACAGACCCCUACCUUCUCCUGUAAUCCUUAGAUGCCUGGUUCUAAAACAAAAAGGGGGAACUGUGGGGAGCCAUUGCACGGCGCCCUAAAGAUGGCGCCGGCUCCUUUCUCCCGGAAGGACUGGCGAGAAACAAACAACUCCUAAUAAGGAGAUGGCUGAGCUCCCUUCCGGCUUCCGCAUUGCUGUACCUAUCAAUCCUUGCCACUUGGCUGCUUUUGAUUGGUGUGCUGAUGGCUAUAAGAGGGAUGGGAGAGGGAAGGAGGCGGAAGAAGAAGCUUGUUCAAGGUUCCUGAAUAAACUGCUUGAAGAAGA